AUGGCUAAUAUCCAGCGGAUCGUCAUUUCGCUGAUGGUCAUUUUGACCGCUACCUUCCUUUUCAUGGGACAGACAGCACAGGCGGCCAAGGGUCCCAAGAUCACCCACAAGGUCUACUUCGACAUUGAGCAUGAUGGCCAACCGCUAGGUCGCAUUGUUAUGGGUCUCUACGGCAAGACUGUUCCCAAGACCGCAGAGAACUUCCGAGCAUUGGCCACUGGCGAAAAGGGUUUCGGCUAUGAAGGAUCAUCCUUCCACCGCGUUAUCAAACAGUUCAUGAUUCAGGGUGGUGACUUUACAAAAGGAGAUGGUACUGGGGGCAAGUCAAUCUACGGUGACAGGUUUGAAGAUGAGAACUUCAAGUUGAAGCACACGAAGAAGGGCCUGCUAAGCAUGGCCAAUGCGGGCAAGGACACAAACGGGUCACAAUUCUUCAUCACCACCGUUGUUACAAGCUGGCUCGAUGGCCGUCAUGUCGUUUUUGGGGAAGUGCUCGAGGGCUACGAUGUGGUCGAGCAGAUUGAAAAUGUACCCAAGGGGUCGGGUGACCGUCCAGCCAAGCCGGUCAAGAUCGUCAAGAGCGGAGAGCUGCCUGUGCCGCCCGAAGGUAUUCACAACGAACUUUAG